AUGUCAGCUAGAUCUAGUCAAAACAAGCGCCAUCGCGUGGGAUCGUAUUACCACGACGUCAUACCUUCAGUUGAUGGAUUCGACCUCAUACAGGCCAGCGAGGUUGCUAUACGAAAUGUCGGCGGUGCAGAACGCGCGACUCGGCGGGUUGAUGUUUCUCCUGUGCGUGCGGCUCGGUCCUGGGACCAAAUCACCGACUGGUCCCCGCCAGAUGAUGACGAAUAUGCGCUGAAUCCUAGCGGUGAACAUCACGAUGCAGAAGUUGAGGCGGAUAUUGUCACGGAGGAUCCACUGCCCAAAAAGAAAAGGAGUGUUGUAUCGAAACGCCCUCACAAAGUUUGGAAGGAACUACACCGUCAGUGCUACUUAGAAGAAAUUAUUAGAUGGGCUGGUCGCGGCGAUUUUUGGAGCGCUACCGAGUGCCCGGAUUGCAAGAUUAGAUCCAUUCAGCCUCCAAGACCUGCAGAGUAUCGGUGCCAGGAAUGCUUCACCCCGGACUUGCAACACCCUUUUCAUCGAAUUGAGUACUGUAACUGUACACGGGCCAUUCCGCAACACCUUCAACUACUACGGCGAGGGUUAUACCCCGCAUCCCAGAUUACUAUCAAAACAUGCGCCACAUUCGAGUUGCUAUCACUUCUUCACAAGCUUGCCUUGACGACAAAGGCAUCCACGUACGACUUUUACAGAUGUCUCGAGAAGAUGACGUCCAAUACGGGCAUGAAUACCCCUCCGUCUCGUUAUCGUGCGCUCUUUCGCAUGGUGCUGCAGUGGAGACAUCUGCAGAUGCUCAAGUGGGCUGGAAGAGGGCAUGACCCUUCGGGUGCCGCAGGAACUGCUGAUGGAGAACUCGCUAUCAAGUGUCCGUCGUGUCCUCAUCCCGAAAUCAACCUUCCAGACAAUUGGGAAAGCGCGCCGGAUGAUAGAAAGUUUUUGUAUAUGCUUAUCGUGUGCAUGGACGCCAACUUUCGACUUAAAAAUCAACUUGUGUCAAACUAUUCUCAAGACCCUGGCCUAGGAAUUGGAAUGGCAUAUAUGCUGCCUAGGCAUAGGUACGAACAAUACGUGGCCAGUCGCGCCACUGAUAAAGACAUCAGCACAUGUGUAGGAUUUCAGGCAUUGGCCAAAGCCAACACAAAGUUCUCCGUUGGUCUUCGAUACACGGGCCUUGGAAUGACAGUAUGCGGGAGAUCAGAAAUGAUCAUGACUGUUGGAAAUAUGCACAAGGGAGAACGAUAUGCGAACAUGGACUACAUAUUUGCAUGGUUUCUCCGCCUAGUUGCCGUGCGCCUUGUAUUGGUGAGCUAUGACAUUGCUUGUCAAUGGUUCAUCAAUCUUCUACGGCGGAUGCAAUCUGAUUGGCCACAACACAUUCAACCGCCCGCCAACAUCACACUCUUACCGGCAAUUCCAAAGUUGCAUGAACCAAUGCACAACCAGAGCAACCAUCAAAUGUAUUCGCUCAACUUCAUUCCUGGCGUUGGGCAAACCGAUGGCGAGUGUCCUGAGCGCGUAUGGGCGCCUCAUAAUUCCCUUGCCAACGCCACUAAAACUCAAGGCCCGGGCUCGCGUCAGGACACGCUCGACGACCAUUUCGGGUUCUGGAACUGGCAAAAAUAUACAUCUAUGGGGACUACAUUGCUCCGUAGGUACAGGGAUGCAAUUGCUCAGCGCAAUAUCCAGACAGAGGGGCAUAAGGGGUUCUCGGAGUCAAUAAAAGCGGUGAAUUCGGAGCUGCUUGUGCGUUGGGAGAAGAUGUGUGUGGACUGGGAAACGGAAGGUUUUCCAAAGACAAAGAAAAAUCCAUAUGAAAUGAAGGAUACCAGUAUCACGGAGGCUCAAGUCAAAAAAAUGCUUGCUGACUCUGAGGCCGCCUUUCUUGCAUCAGGAGGGUCAAUGCCACAUAAAACCACCCCAUCGGCAUUCAUUAGCAUGGGUUUAGAUCUGGAAGAAACACAACGUCGACUACGCCGCAUUGCGAAGAAUACAGGUGCUGAUCCGACUGUACGACAAGCAGGAAGUCUUACCGAACAAAGAAACGUGUUAAUCACACGUAUAUGCGCGUGGGAGCAGCUACUCCCAAUCUACUUGCCUGGGAUUAUUCAGUACCAAACAGACCACCCUGUUCAUGCCGCAUCAACUCAUGCCGAGGAUACUCACUUAUGGCUACCAUCGUCAAUUCCGGAGCCUCAUCGAACAAACAUUUGCGCGCCUGGGGUGGCCAACAUAGAACGGAAGCUUCGAGAAGCACAGCUGACCGACUCGCUAAAUGCUAUUCGCCAAAUCCUGAAAGUCAAAGCACGAAUGAUUGCAUUCAAAAACAAAAACAUCCGGGGACAACGAGGAGGCACACGGUCGACCUCGGUUAUUGAUCGCGUACACGAAAGAGCGAGAUUUGCUGCGGCAAAGUAUCGUGCCGCACGCGUCGCCCAUUUCGAUCUUGUUGGCCCAGGAGAGUGGGAAAAAAACUUCCGCAUCCUUGAAGAUAAAGACAUCCGAAGUUACCAAGAUGUCGAUCAGCUGCGGCCUUGUACUGGUCGGCGGGGUGUUUUGGAGGACCACCAAGUUGCUGCAGGAGAAGAAAACCCACCAGAGCAAGGCGAUAUGUUUUUAUUCAAUGAAGAUCGCACGAUUCGCCAAGGAAGCGGGCAAACACGUCGAACGCUAUCGUGGAUCUGGACGGUUGUGACCCCCGUCUCGUUAGGUGCGGACCCGGCAUCUAUAAUCACCCCAGGCUCCGAGUUGUGGAAUUCAUUGAAUGAAGAUCGCGACGACAUUCUCCGAGUGGAGUGGGCAAGGAGCCGGGCCAGGAUGCAACGUGCGUCCGAAGAAGUUCUUCUGCUGAAAGAAGAAAUGCGGCGGGUACUGGUUUAUCUUAGAUGGAGGGCUAAUUGGUGGAGACAGCGUGAAAACGCUAUUUCUACCACGAAGCGAGACAUGCUUGAGGGCAUCUCAGCUUAUGCGCAUUCACAGGCAACCUUACAAGAUUCUCUAGCUGAUCAUUUUGCCUCUUUAUGGAUGUCAGCUUUAAAUACAGCUACUACACUACCAUCAACAAUACCAAUCCCAGGAUCCACCACAACAUCCUCAACCAGCACAUCCGCCCCAUUGAACAACCCAGGAAGCAUGGUCAACGACGAUGACGACGAUGACGACGGUGACGACGAUGAUGACACUUUCAUUGACGACGAGACUGUGGUUGCGGAGGAAGAUGUGGCUGUGUUAUCGGAGAUGAAAGGUGAUAAGGAAAUUAUAUAUGUCGAGGAAGCUGAAAUGGACGAAAUUCAAGAACUGGAUUAG